CUGCCAUUUGCGCGUCAGUACGCGGCAGCGGAGUGACCGGGAUUCUAGUGUGUCAAGCAAGCGGAGCUCGCUCAGUGUCUUCGACGCGUUUGUGACCUAGCAACACUUUUAUUUAACCUAUCUACGAUUUGUGUUUAUUGAAAGUAAAUUUCAAAGGAAAACUCAUCAUGGCCGAUACCGCCGCUGUUGAUACCAAGGAAACGAAGACUGUCGCCACUCCUGAGAAGAAGGUUGUGGAAGAGGAGAAAAAGGUCGUAGAGGACGUCGAUGAAGACUCGAAAGCGUCCGAAAACGGCGAGGCCAAGGAGGCAAAAGAAAAUGGGUCAAACGAGGAGAAGGAAGAGGCAGAGGACAGCAAGGAGCCCGAAUCAACGGAGAACGGUGAUUCCACAGAUGCGCCCGUGGAUGCCUGCUGCAUAAAGAGGAAAUCGACGGUGUCCGCAGACGUAGUCGACGGAUCACCGGCGGAAGACGGGAGCCCUGAGAAGAAGGCGAAACUGGAGGAUAAAAGUCCAGAGGCGGAAAACAACGGCGGAGAAGCGGAGGCGGCUGCUUAAUUUUGAACCUCACCCUCCCCCCGAUAUAAACUUACAAAAGAAAAACAAGGAGAAAUACAAAACCAACCCUUUAAACUAAAAGUAAUAUAAUAAUAAUAAUACCCAACCAACAGUUCACUCGACAGGACAGGAAGAAGAAAAACAAGCACCAGAAAUAUAUAUAUAUGUUUAACAAGAACGUACACAAGUAACAAAAAAGAAUGAACAUAAUGAAAAAAAAUUAAGAAAAUUAAAUAAAAUAAGGUUAUUGAAAAGAACCGCUAAAGGAAAGAUAGGAGAGCAAACGUGUACCUCUACCACUUGUUUUUACCAUGAAUCGUGUCGUAAAACUUAAAAAUGGAAAAAAAACAACGAAAAACUCGUUCUGAUUUAACUGAUUGAGAUAUAUGUACUGCAUUAUUAUUAUUAUUAUUACUAUUAUUACUAUUACUACUACUACUACCUUUAUUAUUAUGAUUAUAAUUAUUUUAAAUUGCGUUAUAUUAUAUAUUCGUGCCGAGUGACAUGAUGAGCGUGUGUAUGUGCGUUAUAACGUACGACUUUAUGACGGAGAAGGAGAAAGAAAGAGCGCAAAAACUGACAGUUGAGCGAUCUUCUGUGUGUGGCUUCAACACUCACUUUCAUUAUCAGAUAUUCAACUAUUCCUGACCCAUGCCGAUUCUACCACGAUUUCCUCACCGCUCUUUCGUUUUUAUUUUUUUUUAUACAACCUGUGUCGUCGUGGUAUUAGAUUGUAAAUUACCGAUGAACGACGUGAAGAGUAUCACUGCGAAGGAAAAAUUCCGUUAUCUGACGCUUGAAUGCAUGUGUUUUUUUCCCCGAGAUUUUUCUUUUUUCUAUUUCAUAUUACUUAAUUAUCUCAGAGAAUCGAAAACUGGAAAGUCGGUCAAUGGUCAGAGAAAAUAUAAAGUGAACAAGUCAUCGAAGUUGAAAUACGUGUAUGGGUUAUUUUGUGUAUAGUAAAAAUCGCGGUUUGUGGAAGAAAAAAAACGACGUUCUAAACCCGAGGCGGUCUGAAAAAUGAUUUUCAAAUGAUGUCGUUUUGAAAAUCGUGUUCCAAGACUCCUACGAUGUUCUGUGGUAUGCGUUUUUUAAGUUUGCGACGAACUAAGAAUCAUUUCCGAAACGCCACGCGUUGCUCGAAAACUGAAAUUUUCGACACGCGUAUGUCGCGCUUUCUAAGACAUUUUUCAGAAGCGUGUCUAACUACGAUUUUUUAUGUCGCAAAACAAUCUGUAGACAUCUCUUCCUCUUUAAUUAAUAAACUUUUACACGAGAAUUUCUUUUAUUCUUCGAGGUGAAUACCAUCCUUACCCCGUAUUAUAUUACACACGUCCAUAUCACAUAGCGCUAAUUUCUUCGCGAGAAGAGAAUUAAUUCUAUUUUCGUUUGUGAAAUCUAUUACAUUCCUGCGACGAUAAAUUAGAUUUAACGAAACAUGCUGUGCGCUAAAAAUCACAAUCUCCAUUCUAUGCUUUAGAAUUUCGUCUUCCGUCUUUCUCCUUCUUUGCCAAAGUCACGUUUCAAAACCAACCAUCGCAUUUCAGUUAAUUUUAUGUUUUUUUUCUUUCUCUGUACACCUGCCGCCGUAAACAUUUUGUUCAGGUCUUUUUUUUUACCAUUGAAUGCGUGACAGGAGAAAUGUCAAACCAGGUUUGUAAAACCGGGUGUCAGUAUGCCGUGCAAAUUCAAUCAAAUAUGUGAAGGUAAAAAAGGAUGGAAAUAUUUCAAAAAAUUCAGCUACAUAUUGCAAGCUGAAAAUUAUACAUCGGGUUAUUUGUUUGCUCGAGUAUCGGUCGCUCAUUUUACAGCAGUAACAAAAUUUUUGUAUUGAACGGUAUUAUUUGCAGUGUAUUACUUUUCGGCAAAUUCAUUUAUAUACCAUAUAUACGGCCGCAACACUAAAAAAAAAGAUGCAACAUAAUCUCAGUAUUUGGUAGUUUAGUAUAAAAGGUAACUUGCAUGAUUAUAAUUAUUACUACUCUUAUCAUUACGUUUGUUAUUCUCAUAAUAUUGUACAUGAAGAGACGAGCAAGAGCAAAAUUAUUAGACAUCAGUCUAUUUUAUCGACGAUAAUAAUAAUGUAUGUAUAUUUAACGCAAAAGAAGAAUAAUCAUUAUCUAAUUUUUAGAAUGCGCGUGUCGAAGUUGUUUCUUUUUUCUUCUAUUUUUUCCGAAACCAGCGUUCAUCAAAUUUCAUACCGCGAGCUGCUCGAUGAGUUGUAAUACUUAUAUUGGCUUGUAAAAAAUUACAUUUAUACCGGUUGCAUUUAAAAAAAGAGAAGUGAAAAAUAUUGCAUAACAAACAUUGCAUAAAAAACUACCGCAUAUUACACCUGUAUGACUUUUCAGUCUCAAUAGGUGCGACGGAUGCAUUUAUAUUAUUUUAAACGUAUUAUAUUGAAUAAUAUUUUAACGGUAGUUAAUAGACGAAUAAUAUUACGUUUUGCAGACAGCUGUUGCUGCGCAAACAAUUAAUAUAUUAUAAAUUUAAUUUCUAAAGUAGUAGAACGUGUCUAUCUGUGUCGACUUAGAAAAUUUUCGUUGUUUUGAAACACUAGGAUAACGUGAAAAAGAAAGAACAAGAAAAAACCAGUAAAUCGCAAAGUGAUACAACCAGAUUAAUACAUUUGCCGAAAUCUCUCUCCCAACCCUUGCAAAUUUAUAUCACUACACGGGGACCUGUAAAGAAUUGAAAAAAAAAUAUUGCCACAGUUUUUUGACAAUAUGCGAAAGCAAAGUGCGAAAACAAAUCUAACAAACAAGGUAAUAAUAAUAAUAAUCGCAUCAAACCUGUAAUCAACCCAACUCUUACUGCUUAUCUCCAGAUUUUUUUCCUUCCAAUGAUGUCUCAUUUUCGAGCCGGCAAAAAGACUAGAUAAUUAUCGUACAAAAAGAAAGAAAGAAGCCAAAAUAAUAACAAAAGGAAACCUAGGAAAUGCAUGAUACAAAAAAUAUGAAAAAGGAAAAAAAAAAAAAAAAAACAACAAAAUUAUAUGUAUAUUGAAACAGGUGGAUUUUAUAAAAUAAAUACAAUAUGUAGAAUCAAACGACGAUAU